UUCCCUCCCCCUCCGUGGGCUGUUCCGCUUCCAUCACUCGCCUCCCCCCGAUUAUAGCUGUUUCUCCUAUCUACGAGCAGGCGACUAACAUGGAUGUUGUAAAUCAGUUGGUUGCCGGUGGACAGUUCCGGGUGCUGAAAGUCCCACUGGGCUUUAUCAAAGUCUUACAAUGGGUGUUUGCCAUCUUUGCAUUCUCCACCUGUGGGAGUUACUCCGGCUCCUUCAGGAUGAGCGUGGAGUGCAGAAACAGAUCAGACAGUGACCUGAAAAUAACUGUGGAUUUUGAGUAUCCCUUCAGGCUCCAUCAAGUGUAUUUUGAUGCCCCUGUCUGCAAGAAUUCCCAAAAGGAGCGUUUCUUCCUGGUUGGGGAUUACUCAUCCUCAGCAGAGUUCUUCGUCACCAUAGGCGUUUUUGCAUUCCUGUAUUCAAUGGCAGCUCUCAGCAUCUAUGUCUUUGCCUUUGAGAAAUACCGUGAGAACAAUAAAGGACCACUUAUUGAUUUUGGUGUGACGUGUGUAUUCACCUUCAUGUGGCUGGUGAGCUCGGCAGCAUGGGCCAAGGGCUUGUCUGAUGUCAAGACAGCUACAGACCCAGAGAAGGUUCUAGACCUGGUCCCCGCUUGUGAACAGGAAGGCAACCACUGCCGUGAAGUUAACGACCCUGUCAUGUCUGGUCUUAAUACUUCUGUGGUCUUUGGCUUCCUCAAUCUGAUCUUGUGGACGGGUAACCUGUGGUUUGUAUUCAAGGAGACCGGGAUCAUCGCACCAUUUAUGCGCCAACAGCCCCCCCAGGAGAAGCAGCCUGCCCCUGAUUCCUAUGGGCAGGGAGGUUAUGGGCAGCAGGACCCAUACGCCGGCUCCCAGGGAGGCUACCAGCCCGAUUACAGCCAGCAAGGCUACAAUCAAGGUGGAGACUACGGUCAGGGUGGAUAUGAACAGCAGGGGGCACCCACCUCCUUUUCCAACCAGAUGUGAGCGAAGAAGUAUCUGAGGAAGCAGGAGAUGGCUGUGUGUCUCACCGUCUCUCCACAGAAAGACGUUGAUCGUGUGACUCUAGCAGUGUGGUGCCUGAACCCUACCCACAACCCCACACUUCUCCCUGUUUGUGCAUCUGUGCUUACGUCUGUGAAAGAUAAGAGGGGCGGGAGGGAGGGAGGGAAGGGAAGGGGUCUAUUCCAAAAUCACAUAUAGAUGGGAGGGGGAUAGAGCGGAGGAAAUUUUAAUGUGCUGUUUAUUAUUGUGAUGUAUACAACUAAAAAAGUUUGAUCAAAUUUCAUAACACUUGAAUACUGUACCAAAAUAUAUGAAAAAGUAUAUGAACCCUAUAUGAAUUUUGAAUUGAUGAUGUUGACAAUAGUAAUGCUAAACUUGAGAGAAUGUAUUUGUCUGUGCUGUAUAGAUAUCAUUAUAAACAAAUAUAUAAAUAUAAAUAUUUACUUAAGAUGUGUAUGGGAUUAUUUAUUAUUUAACUGUAGUCUAGUUCAAUUUAGAGACCCUAAAUAAAUCUAAUAAUAAUUAUGUGAAAAAAAUUCACAAAGCCCCACAGAAUUUGUUCCUUGAAAAUGUUUACCUCUGGUGGGUCGUGCUUCGGUACAAUUUGUUCCAUUUCUAUGUUGACCUCUUUUGUUUCGGUAUUUUGUUGGUUUUCAUUUCUUCAUGGGUGGGAUGGAGCACUGAUGUGACUGAGACUGAGGCGGUGGGGAGCGUCCAGGGCUACCGUGGGCAGAAUCAUUCCUAAACUCAUGGAGGGACCACAUUAUUUCAACCAGCAAGAAAAAACGGUCAAGGGUAUAUUAAAGCAUUUCUCAUUUCCUGACUGAAAAUGUUGACUCUGUUUAGUACUCUCUUUUUCAAAUAUUUGUCUUAUGAAAAGCACAUGCAUUCACAGUACAGAAUUAGCGUCGUUUUUCAUGACACAAUGCAUCUGAGUGCUGUGUUGAUGUAGUGCCAUUUAAGUUAGAGGAUGCUAAAAAUAGAUCUAUAUAUAUAUAUAUA